ACGGAUCUGCCAGGACCUAUAGCCCAGCCUGAGUCGCCCUGGAGACACUGUAGAGCUGCGGCUAGCAUUGUCAGUGAACGGCUCCUUCCUGGAUCCUGGAGGGGAGAGACUGUCCCAGCUGUGUGUACAGGUUGUUGGGUCGUAAUGGCGGCUGUAGACAGCUUUCAUCUUCUAUAUCGGGAGGUGGCAAGGUCUUGUCACAACCACUUUGAGUUUCUGGCAGUGGUGGGCGCUCUGUACACAGCAAGGAAAGGCGUCAGUAUUUUGUAUGAGUUCUACAGUGUGGUCAGACUACAUGUCACUCCACAUAUCCUCAAGAGGAGAGACCUGGUCAAACAAUAUGGAGAAUGGGCAGUUGUCACUGGAGCCACUGAUAUCAUUGGAAGGGCAUAUGCAGAAGAGCUGGCAAAUCUCGGGCUGAAUAUUACCCUGAUCUGCAGUAAUAGAGAAGAGCUGCUCAAUGUCUCACAGGCCAUAGCUCGGACUUAUGGAGUCAACACCAGUAUCAUUUUUGCCGAUUUCAGCAAAGGACGGGAAGCGUAUGCUUCCAUCAUGCAGAGUCUGAAACAUCUGGAUGUGGGUAUUUUGGUUAACAAUGCCAGGGUGCCGUAUGAAUAUCCACAAUGUAUUAUGGAGAUUCCAGAGGACAAAUUAUGGGAGAUCCUCAAUGUCAAUGUUGCUGCUGCUGUCAUGAUGGUGCGUAUAGUGGUCCCAGGCAUGGCACAGAGGAAGAGAGGAGCCAUUGUCAAUGUGUCCCCUGUAACUGGAUACCGACAAAGCGCUAUUACUCAGAUAGCUGCAUCCAAGGCUUAUUUGGACAAAUUCAGCAGACAGCUGCAAUGUGAGCUUCGGUCCAGUGGAAUAUUUGUACAGUUGUUAACUCCUCUGUGUGUGGGAGACAAACAUGAGCCUUCUGCUGGGAUUUUGAAUUAUCUGCCGGCCUUUGUCCCAUCAUCUGAUGUUUAUGCACGACAUGCUGUAAGAACACUAGGGAUCUCUUCCAGGACCACUGGAUACUGGGCCCACUCCUUGCAGCUUUUUGCAUUCCAAUGGGUACCUGGCUGGAUGUUCACAUCAAUGGGAAGAGUUCUUCAGCGCUGACGACAGAAAGCAGCUUUAUUACUGAACCACAUUGGACCAUUUGUUCUUUCUACCAGCACUAGUGACUUUAAAACUUGAGUUGUAGGCAGUUUUUUGUUUUGUCUCUAUUACAAAUCAAAUUAAUUGCGUAUAUGUUACUACACUGUAUAUUUUAUAGUUGUUACUAGUUUUCUGAAUGUAUUAAUUGUUAUUUUUAUAUGGCGUUACAGUAAGAGUGUACACUGGGCAGGAUGUGUUAUUUUUAUAGUUCUUUGCUUUAGAAUUCCUCCAGGGCACCGCUGUUUAAGAACCACCCCAUAGAGGCUACUAUAUUGGCACAGACACCAGUUGAAUGUGGCACUGGAUAGGGCGUUCUUACUAGGAAGUGUCAGUGAUAGGAGGUCACUUUUGCAUUGUCCUUUACAUUACCUAUUGGAAGUGUUUGAGGGGUGGUUUACAGUUUGUUUCAAAACCCUUGAAAAGUGGGACAUGAACUAAUGAGACAUUUUGCACAACAUAUGCCUCGUACACACGACCAGUUUUCCCAUCGGGAAAACUGCCAUGACAGCUUUUGGCCG